UCUACCAUUUCAUCUUCAUUUUCAUUAUUCAGUUUCCUCUCAAAUAAACCACAUUACGUACCAAUGGCUGAUCUUAACCAAAGCUCAGCCCAAACACACAGUCACAGACCCACCUCAUCUUCCUCCGUAGUCUUUCUAAGAAAGCUUCAAGCAUCAAACUCAUCAACCCAACUAACAGCCGGAAUCUCAACUCUUCUCGUUACCGGAUCCAUUUUUCUCCUUCUCACCGGUUUAUCCAUCACCGGAACCCUUAUCUCUCUCAUUUUCUUUUCUCCGUUGAUCAUCCUUUCAAGCCCGAUAUGGGUCCCCGUGGGUACAUUUUUUUUCCUCCUUGCCGCGGGAUUCUUGUCCGUGUGUGGAGUUGGUGUUGUCUCCGUCGCUGCUUCCUCAUGGUUGUACCGUUACUUUAGGGGUCUUCACCCGCUCGGUUCAAACCAGGUUGAUUAUGCGCGGAGCCGGAUUUAUGAUACAGCUACACAUGUUAAAGAUUAUGCAAGAGAAUACGGUGGGUAUUUACAGAGUAAGGAUGCAGCUCCCGGUGCUUGAACCAAACCGGUUGGGUUUGGUUUGGUUUGUUUACCCUGGUUUUAUAUAUUGAUAGUCACUACAAGAAAACUGUGAUCUAGCUUUCAAAUUUUUAGGCGUCAGAUCAUUUUUUUAUGCU